UCGGAAAGAUUCGUCCCUCCAAUUUGUAGUUUGCAGUUCAUGUUCAUGGCAUUUCAUUAUAAAUCAUUGACCAAGGAUCACCGAGAGCAACUGAUGGUGUAAUUUAACAUCGUACGCAUGUUCGAUUUUCGAACACCUUGAGCAUUCCGUGUCUGUAAAUCGUUUUGUUUCACGAUAAUAUGAAGCUCUUCGAGGAUCCUGUUUUUAAAACUAAGUACAUGAAAAACAAACUCCGCGUAAAACGAUGGGAAAGCGAUUUUAUGGAAAAAUACGGACGCAAACCUAACAAAAAUGACAUAAAAGAAGCAGAUAUAUCUAUCAAAGAGGCAUACAAGGUAUAUUGGAAACUAAAAACGAGCGCGCUUGAGGAAACUCUUACGGAUAUUACUUUCUGCGAUGAUAUGCAAGACAAUGUCACUAACAAUUUAUUGCAAAAAUCAAUAAAUGAUCAGGAUAAGAUUCCAAGUCCAGAAAAAAUUUCAAAAGAUACAGAGAACAUAAAUCCACAUGAUAGCAAAUGUUUUACAGAAACUGAAAGCUCUCUCAACCAAUUGAGUACAUCAACAAAUGUUGAAGGAGUCUGGGGAGAUAAUUUGAACAAGAGCAAGGAACAAAUGCCAAAGAGAAAGCAAGCCUUAUUGAUUGGUAGAACUUCGUCUUUUCAACUAUCUAAAAACAAGUUUGAAAGUUCAACCUUUACUAAACGAAACCCGAGGAAAUCGCUGUCAUCGACUAAAAUCAGGGACAAAUGUGAGAACACCAGCUCAAGCAUUGAUCAGACUGUCGCGAGCGGCAAAGAUGACUUUGAUACGACAGCUAAUGAGGUGAAGCCCAUGUUUGGUGAAUCAAUGAAAUUAACGUUUGAAGAAAACAAACCUGUUGUUCAAUAUUCCAUCAAUGCUGUUCAACAGUUGGCAGAUGGCCAUGUAACUUGUGUAAGCCGUAAUUUAAAUGAGGGCUGGCUUGAUCGAUGCACAAAGGAGAGUAAUUAUAAUAUGGAAACCAUCAAUGCAGAGAGAUUCUCAGGUACUAGCGAUUCUGGAGUGGAAUCAACGGAAUCCAGCAUUCACUCCCCAAAGUCAUCUAUUGCGUCUGCUACAAUACUUCAGGUUUCUGAUGAAGAUUUUAUAUGCAACAGUGAUUCUGAAGAAGAGUGCAGGAAGAAACGUAUCAGAAAUUUCAAAAAGCAGUUGAGCAAUCAAGAUGAUGGUCGUCCCACAAAACGACAAUGCGUUAAAAUGGAUUUCGAUUCCGCGAUUACUUCAAAAGCGAGUACUAAACUGACCGCAAUGGAGAAGUUAGAGAAAAAAAUGGACACCGGAACAAUGAACAAUAAUUUUGUUAGGAUAAAUUUGAAAAAGAAAGUGUUUGUGCGUGGCAAAAAGAACUUCAAUUUGUUUAAGUAUAAGAGGAAUCAGUGGAAACAAAGGAAGAAAUUAGCAUCCAGCGAGAGCAGCUUGGAUGCGGCUGACCUGAUCGACAAAAAUGGCAUAACGUGUUUUAAAUGCGGUGAAUCUGGACAUUUCGCUAAACGUUGCACAACUUUCAGGGACGCUGCUCUUCUACCUUUGAACGAGAUCGACGAAUCAACGAACUUUCCGACUCUGGAGGAAGCUGAGAAGAUGGCCAGUAAGAACGCACAAGUUGUCGCGCGAAGUCACAGGAUCGAUCGACUUCCGGAAGGGUCGUCUGCUGCGAAGAUUUCGUGUUCGCAAGACGAAGAAGAAAAAGAAGAUAUGGCGAAGUUAUUCGAUGACGAUUUUGCUGACGUCAAUGAGAAAGAUACAUUAAUUUUCCAGCAUAAGAUACCACAGGAGUUAUUGUCCAGAUUAUUGCCGCCGCAAAGAGAGGUGGUUGAUCCAGUAUAUUCUGCAAAUGAAGAUGGCAGUCUUAUCAAAACCCCGACGGAAGUCGUCGAGGCACUACGUAUGUUCGGCCAUGAAAAUUUUAGGAGCGGCCAAGAGAAAGCAAUAAUGAGGAUUUUGUCUGGCCAGUCUACUCUGGUGAUGCUAUCGACGGGGUCUGGGAAAUCCUUAUGCUACCAAUUGCCGGCGUAUCUGUACUCCCAGCAUUCCCACUGCAUUACUCUAGUAAUUUCGCCCUUGGUAUCCUUGAUGGACGAUCAAGUAAUGGGCAUGCCUAAGGUUCUGUCCGCUGCAUGUUUGCAUACCAAUCAGACACCGAAGGUAAGAGAGCAGGUGAUGCAAUCGGUGAGGGACGGUAAAGUGAACAUUCUUCUAGUGUCACCGGAAGCGGUGGUAGCUGAUGAAAAAUCCACCGGUUUCGGUGCCCUCCUCAGGCAACUACCGCCGAUUGCGUUUGCCUGCAUCGACGAAGUUCACUGCAUUUCCCAAUGGUCGCACAAUUUCCGACCUUCCUAUCUGAUGGUCUGUCGGGUGCUUAAAGAGAAACUGCACGUGAAGACGAUAUUGGGACUUACGGCGACUGUCACGAAGACCACCGCAAAAAGUAUAGUGAAACAUCUGGAUCUACAUGAUAGUAUGGCUGGCGUCAUAUCGGAUGUGCCCUUGCCUAGGAAUCUCGUCUUAACGGUGUCCAAGGAUGAGAACAAGGACCAUGCGUUGAUCGCGCUGUUGAAGAGCGACAGAUUCCGCGAACUCGACUGCGUAAUAGUUUACUGCAUUCGUAGGGAAGAAUGUGAGAGGAUCGCAGCCUUGUUAAGAGUGUCGCUGCAGGAUCCACGAAAUCCUGGGAAGCCGAAAGCGAAGAUAUCCAUGAUAGCUGAGGCUUAUCACGCCGGUAUGACAGCUCACAAGCGCAAAAUUGUGCAAAAGGAGUUUAUGAGUGGCAAAAUUAAAAUUGUGGUUGCUACUGUUGCAUUCGGAAUGGGCAUCAAUAAAUUGGACAUUCGGGCUAUCAUUCAUUAUAAUAUGCCUGGUACUUUCGAAGGAUAUGUACAAGAGAUCGGCCGUAGCGGAAGGGACAGUAUUACAGCGCACUGUCAUUUGUUCUUAAAUCCUACGAAAAAUAGUGAUAAAUGGGAAUUGCGCAAACACAUACAUGCGAACGGUGUCGAUAGGCAUACGAUCAGACAUCUACUGCAAAGAAUCUUUAUUCCUUGCUCUUGCAAAAAAAUCAAAGGGAAAGAUUCCGAUUGGAAGUGUCCUGGUCACGAAGUCGCCCUUCCAAUCGACGAGAUCGUUCAAGACCUCGAUAUUACACAGGAAACAAUUUCGACAUUAUUAUGCUAUCUCGAACUACAUUCGAAGAGGUUCAUUACCGUGUUAUCGUCUGUAUAUGUCCGAGCACGGGUUUCCAGCUAUAAUGGACCACAAGCUCUUAAACGAGCGGCGCAAUCUUCCCCACCAUUGGCAAUGGCGAUAGCGUUGGACAUGCAGAAGGGGAUUUCGCAUAAGGACAGUAACAUUAUAGAAUUUUCGGUUAUCGAUAUUGCAUCGACCAUCGGCUGGGAUAGUGGAGUAGUAAAGAGCCAUCUCAAAACGUUGGAAUGGACGACAGGAGCUGAUGGGAAAACUAAACGUUCGGCUAUAUCGGUGCAAUACGAUAAACUCGGCUUACGGGUGAAAGCGCCGGGUGAUUUGACUGAUACGGAAUUGGACGAAGCGCUUGACGCACUGAUCGACCGUACUCGCUCCCAGGAAUCUUCGUGUUUACAGCAGCUUGAGCUCAUAUCCUUGGCGUUCGAUAAGAUCAGCGUACCGACAAUCAAGGAUUGUUUGAUUUUGGACGACGAUGUCAUGAAGAGAGCGGAAGAACUCAAAAAUAUUAUCAGAGAAUACUUUCAAUCGGAUUCUCCUUUAAACAAUGUUGAUACCGAUUUCCAGGAUAAGGUGGCGAAUGAGGAGCACAUUGCCGCUGAUGUGCGUAAUUUGAUAAUACGUUAUAGAGAUACGAAAUUCACCGGUCGCGCCGUAGCUCGCAUCUUUCACGGAAUACAGAGCCCAAAUUAUCCUGCACUGAUUUGGAGCAAAUGUAGUUUUUGGAGGGUACAUAUCGCUGCAGAUUUCAACGUCAUUUGUAAAAUUGCAACCAGAGAAAUUCUAGCAUUACGAUAACGAGAUUGAUUAAUCGAAUAGUAAUAUACUUGACAUACGUACUCAAAUCUUUCUUAUUAACUUUAUCAUUUUAAGUUUUAUCGAAAUAAAUUUUCAUAAUGCAAUAAAAUUGAGAGAUUGAUAUUGUGAAAAAGAUUAUUUCUCUUUAAAAACUAACAUGGUCUCAAUAUAUUCGAUUUGAUUAAUUUAUCGAAAUUUAUCAAAAGCGAGUAGUCUUGUAAUAAAAUACGAAUUUAAGAGAUAACGUGGCAACUUGUUUUAUGUUGGAGAUAUUGUGUACAAAGGGACUUUAAAGAGAAAAAUAAAAUGUGCUUUUGUACAACACAAGGUACAUUUAAAAUUGACAUAGCAAUUAAAUUUACACUUGUUGAAUCUUGAUUAAAUUUUAAUGUAAACUUUUCUACAAGAUCAUGUAAUAUCAAAUAAGAAAUAAUAUAUAAAAUACUUCUUUUUCGUGUCUGGUGUGUUAUAAUGCUUUUAAUUCUUAAUAAAGAAACAUCGGUUACUUUUAAAAGUACAAGAUAUAUGAAACUUUAUAUUAUUCUUAGAAAUACAAGUUAUGAAAUUUAACAA